UCUAUCCAAUGGCUGUGGAAGGUAUAGAGUUUUGGGGAGUGCAUAUAAUCAACAUAUUAUCGAAGGUGCUUAGAUAUUGAUCCUGUAUUUCGAGGUAGUUCAAAUUCGUCUCUCUUGGACCUCCGGGGCUGACCUUAAUUUUUCCGUGCUUGGUGGAGAAUAAUUCACUGGUAAAAUGCCGAAGAGAAAGUCUCCAGAGGGUCCCGAGGGCAAGGAGACCUCCAAAGUCACAAAGCAAGAGCCCACCAGAAGGUCAGAGAGAUUGUCAGCGAAGCCUGCUCCACCCAAGGCUGAGGCCAAGCCCAAGAAGGCCAUCGUCAAGGUGGCAGAUGAUAAGGGGGCGAAGGCAAAGAAAGGUGGCGCUAAGGGGAGGAAGGACGACGGCCCUGCCCAGAAUGGAGAGACCAAGACCAAUGAGAUCUAUGUGUCUCGUCCGUCUGUCAGUGUGUCUUCCAUCAGAAGUACGGCUCCCUCCUUGAUGUCAGUGAGAGGGCAGAGUGAGACAGUCAGAGUUAAGGGUACGGUCGAGUGUUGCUAAUCAAUCUUUGGAGUGUGUGUUUAGACUCUAACAUAUUAAGUAUACAGAAAUUGUAUGCUAAUUUAGCAAACAUUUACCCAGUGUGCUUUGGGGUGCUGUGGCAUGUUUGAGAGAGAGAAUGAGUGAAGUGUGAAGAAGUGGGGAUGUCGGGCAUUUUGGUUUCUGUGUGCAGUGAAGUGGGCCAAGGACAGCUUUCUUACUCACGAGCAGGAGGGUUCGCUUCCUACACAGAGGUGAUUGGUUCUGUGUUCAUACACAGAUGUUCACUCCAGUGAGGUCACGCCAUCCGGAUUUGGUUCCCUUGUUGAGUCAGUGUUGAUUCCUGCAGAUACUAGAGUUUUCAGUGAGGAGCUUUUCAGAGCAAUUUAGUAAAAGAGCAACAACAAAAAAAGUAGCUAUUGAGGUAAAAAUAUCAGUAUUUUGAGUUGCAGAAUUUUAGAGAGCUUUGCAAAAUAUUUCAAUAAUGUGAACACGAACAUGAUUUUUAGCAGAGAAACAUUCACCAAUAAUCAUUUGAGCUAGGAGCUUGAAACUGGACCAAUCAUCAAGUUGUAUUGAGUGGACACAUUUUACCUCUCGAACAUGAACACCCCCGCCUCACCUUUGCUCUGCGUUGGGAUUGGGCUCCUGCAGUUUGUAACACACAGGCUGUGUUCGGAAUUGCGUACUAAUGUACUAUUCAUAUUAAGUAUGACGUCAAAUUGAGUAUGUUGUGUAUUCCAACUGCAUAGUAUGUGGAUUUUGUGUAUGUGAAAAAUGCCUGGAUGUUUACUAGAUUAGCAAGAGUAUGCAAUGUGAGCUUACUGCACAUACUCAACCACCCCAAAAUAAUGUAUUGUGUCACUUCAGAAUGUCCAAUGACAGGCUGCAAGUCUUUUAUUUUAUUUUUACAAUUUUUGUAUGCUAUUUCAUUACUAUAUUCACUUUUUGAGGCGAGAAAUCAACUGUGCAGAUCACUGCAGCCAAGGCAUGAGACAACUUCAGUAAUAUUUCUGCUGUAUCAUAUUUAUUCUGUUUAGUUAAGCGCUGCUUUAGGUAAACUUUACAAGAUAACGUACUUAGCCAGACACAAAUGCUAAGAUGGCAAAAUGCUAUUCCAUCCUCCUCAUCCUGGCUCUUCUCACUUGCACUUCCACAGAGCUCAGUGUAAAGAGUUAUCAUGGGAACUGCUUUCUACUGACACAUUUUCUUAAAUUUCAGAGUUACAAAUCUUAAAAGCGAAACUGUCUGCCACCGUAAGCAGACGUCUAUAUUCCGGAUAUGAAACGGUUUCCUCAGCAAAAUAAUUAUGAUAACUCAGGUAACCUGCCUCUUGGUAGAAGCCCCACGUUUUCAAAGUCUAAAAAACACAGCAGCUCAUCUGUAAAUAUUACAUUUUAACCUAAACUCUUCUCUUAAUAGAUUUAAGAAAGAAAAUAGGCCAAAGCAAUUCUGAGUCAUACUUUAAAUAAAUUAAAACAUUUGGGCAAAAUGUGCUCAUUCGCUUUCUUGCUGAGAGUUAGAUGAGAAGAUCGAUACGACUUUCAUGGCUGUCCGCUACAUGUGAAGCUAGAGUCAGGAGCUAACUUAGCAUAAAGACUGGAAACAGGGGUGGGCAAGCCAUUUUUGUAUGCAUUAAACAAGAUCUAAUUUGUUGUCAGCUGCUGUUUUUUGUUACUUGAGUCUUGUUCCAUGGUGCAGGUUUACCAAGUUAGUUACUUAUGAGAUACUAAGCACAGGCCGAUGCAAAAAUAUUCUCAUGUUGAUGUUUCAGUAAAGGAGACCGCCUUUCAUCUCUCAGCUGGAUAUGGCUGAUUUAGUUACUAAGCCCACUGAAGACUUGCCUGCUGAGCCGUGGCAGACCAAAACAAAAGUUGUGGGUUGCUCUUUGAGGAUAUUGAUGGAUAACACCUGCAUCUUUGUAUAACUCUUCCCCCUCUUCUCAC